AUGUUUAACCGGAGCGGUGGUACCUGUUGUGCGGGACAGCCCGGCCCGGUUGGCGGUGGCUCCGCCGGGACUGGCCGGGCGCUGCGGGCACCCCGAGCGAGGGGUGCUGGUGGGGGGGAGCGAAUGGAGCCGGAGGGGGAGCAGGGCUGGGAGCCCCAGCCGAGCGUACGGCCCAAAACACUCCCACGGGACCAGGAGAGACCGAGCCCCAGAGACGAGCGGGAGGGCCCCAUGGUGGGCAGAGAGACGCGCUUGAGAGUGGUGCUGAGGGUCCGGCCACUGACCUGCACGGAGACGCGGCGAGGUGACCGGCAGGUUGUCCACAGCCUUGGCGACGGCACUGUCCACGUGAGUGCGGCCAGGCACGAUGCCACCUUCGGGUUCAGCGCCGUGUUUGACGCGGGAGCCUCGCAGGAGGCCGUGUUCGAAGGCAGUGGGAUGAGGCAGCUGGUGGAGCUGGCGAUAGACGGCUUCUCCUGCACUGUCUUUGCCUUCGGGCAGACCGGCUCAGGGAAGACCUACACCCUGAUGGGACCCCUUGCCCAGAGCGAGACCCAGCCGGCAGCCCCGGGGCUGCUGGGGCUGAUGCAGAGAUCCUUCACCUGCCUCCUGGAGCAGAGCCGGAGCCGCGGCUCUGACCUGGCUCUCAGUGCUUCCUACCUGGAGAUCUACAACGAGCAGGUCCGGGACCUGCUGAGCCCGGGGCCGCCAUGUGCCCUGCCCCUGCGGUGGAGCAAAACCCGCGGCUUCUACGUGGAGAACCAGCUCAGUGUGGACUUCGAGAGCCUGGAGGCCAUCGCCAACCUGCUCCUGCAAGGUGCUGAGCCACGGGCGCAGGGCUGGGCAUGUUCAGGGGGUGCCAGACCCGGAUCCCAGAGGCGACGGACCUCGGCACAUGCCCUCAACAGGCACUCGAGCCGCAGCCACGCUCUUCUGACCAUCCACAUCCGCAGCCGGGCUCCCAGCGCCUGCCCCAGCAAGCAGGGCACGCUGUGCUUCGUGGACCUGGCUGGCAGCGAGCGGGUGAAGGAGACCGGCUCCAGCGGGGAGCUCUCCGUGGAAGCCAACAACAUCAACCGCAGCCUCCUGGCACUAGGACACUGCAUCUCUCUGUUGGCCAAACCCCGAGGGAAGCGGAUGCACAUCCCUUACCGGGACAGCAAGCUCACCCGGCUGCUGGCCCGCUCCCUGGGCGGCUCGGGCGUCACCCUGAUGGUCGCCUGCAUCUCCCCAUCCUCGCGCUGCCUCUCGGAGACGCUGAGCACGCUGCACUACGCCAGCCGAGCCCGGAGGGUCACCACCAGGCCCCUGGUCAACAGGGUGUCCCGGGAGAAGCUGCUGCAAACCUUGGAGGAAGAAAUCCACGCCCUGCAGCUGGAAAACCUCUCCCUGCGCCAGCAGCUGUGCCUGCCCAGGGUGCCGACGAGGAGCACAGAGGUCCCGGGGACCCCCCCGAGGGCAGGGGCAUGGCCAGGCUGGGGAGGCAGGUACGGCCCCGCAGGGCUGCGUCGCUCCCCUCUCGAAGGGCAGCUCCCGUCAGAGGGAGCCCCAGCCUGGCCCAGCCUCUACGGCCUCCUGCGGGACUUUGUGGUGGAGAACGAGCAGCUGAGGCAGCCCCGGCUGUCCCCAGACCCCAGCGGUGACGUCCCAGCUGGCCCAUCCCGCAGAGCCACCCGCAGUUCAUGUGACAUCCAGCCCCCGCUCCGGAGUGCCCGCACCCCCCGUGUCCCCCCUGGCCACCCUGCAAGGCUUCGGCAGCCUGACGUGACACCCGCCUCUGGCCCCCGGCUGCCGAAGCUGCCUCCUGCCUCCGGCCGCCCCGGCUGCCCGGGGUGCCCCCAGUGCUGCCCCGGGCCGGCCGAUGCCAUCGUGUCCCAGGUGCUGCCAGGGCCCCCUGUGCCGCAACCAGUCCCCCCCGAGGGAAGCGCCAGCAUCCUGCCACCCAGCCAGGAGGACGUGGCUCUUCCCAGCUCCCAUCAGCUCCUCGGGCACCCCCAGCCACAGCAGGGGAAGAGGAGCCGGGGCAGGAGCAGGAGCUCGUCUCAGUGGCACCCGCUCCCCCGGGAGCUGCCAGGCCCCACCGAGGGAAGGGUCAUACCUUCAGCACCGCCGUGGCCGGGAUUGCCGGAGCCAAGAGCCGCCGGCACCGUCCCUCUCCUCCAGUGGGAAGAGGCACCGGACUGGCUGGCGGAGCAGAUCUGA